AUGACCGAGCGCAGAAGGCGGAAGUGGGAUGUUGCAGCCCCACAAGGCAUUCCCCUUGCAGGCAACGCAGCAGGCAACGCAGCCAGCAGUGGAAUGGUCGGAUUCAUCACACCUCAGGGCGCUAUGGGUGCCGCAGCGCCGGCUCCUACGCCAGAAUUGGCAGCCCAGGGGAAGCUGCCGCAGGGCAGGGGAGGGCCAUUCAGAAAGGCUGAGGAGGAGUCAGGGAUAUCCAGGCAGGUCACCAUCAACGAUGCACCCCCAGACAUGCGUCAUCAUCUGACCAAGCGGCCCACCCAGGACGACAUUGGCAGGCGCACAGGCACCCAGAUAGUUACCAGGGGGCGUUACAUGCCUCCUGGCAUGCCCCCAUCUGACACAGAGCAACCUCUGUACCUGUUCAUCACCCCGGGCGCCUCAUCAACAGAGGAUGAUGCUGAGAAGCAGCGCUGUGUGGACGCGGCUGCUGCAGAGAUCCAAGCCAUGCUGCAGGGGCAGCGCGUCAUGAAGGGAGGCCCCUAUCAGCCUGCCAGCCAGCGCCCCUCCUUCAACGCAGUUGGGCCGCCACAACAGGCGUACAACAUGCAGCCGCCGAUGCAGCCGUACGGGGCGACCCCUCCCGCUGCCCAUCCCGGGCAGUAUCCGGGGCCAGCCGGGCAGUUCAGGCAGCCUGCGCCGGGCGUGCAGAGCACCUGCAUCUGGGUCGGCUUUGAGGCCGUCCCAGACUUCAACAUCUGCCAGCGCCUCAAGGGGCCCAAUGGCAGCUACCUGCAGCACAUCGAGAAGGAGACUGGCGCCACUGUGGCUCUCCGCGGCCGCGGCAGCGGGACACAGGAGACAGAGGCGCUGCAUAUCUUCGUGAGCUCCGCACUGCCCAAGGCCUUCGGCGACGCGACAAAGCUCGCGCAGAACCUCAACGACACAGUGCGCGCCGAGCAUGCCAAAGCGUACCCCUACGUGCCAAUGGGGGGCCCGCCGCCGGCCGCCGGGGCCCCUCCGGCCUACGGGGCCGCGCCACCGCCGCAGCAGCCGGGACCCCCCUACGGGGGUUACGGGUACCCGCCGCCCACAGCCGCCCCGAACGCGUACCCUCCGCAGGCCGCAGCUCCUUACGGGCAGCCUGCAGGCGGCUAUCAACCGCCGUACCAGCCGCCUGCACCUGGAGGCUACGGCGCACCCCCCGGCUACAGACCUCCGCCCGCUGCAUAUGCGCAGAGACCCCCUGCCUACGUCCCAGGGCAUAUGCCUGCCCCAGGACAAGGGUAUCCCACGCCCUAUCAGCAGCCACAGGUCCCCUACGCGCAACAAUCCCCCUACGGUUACCCCCCGCCCAACGGUAGCGCGACCCCUGGCGCCCCAUCCAGUGGCGCGACGACCCCUGCCGCGCAAGACCAGACGCCGCCGCCGCCGCCGCCAAAUCUGGCGCAGCAGCCUUCGCCUAUUCUGGCGCCGUCCAGUCAGCAGGAGCAGGCACAUGCACAGCAGCAGAGUGAGGGAGAGCAGCGGAAGAAGCGAUUCAAAGAGUUCAAAGAGGAGCGGCAGGAACCGCAGCAGCCGCCAGCGUACUAUGCGCCAGCGCCGGACGCUCGGCCGGGGGGCGCAGCUUCCGCAAAGAUGCCCAUGGGCCCCCCACCGCCGCGGCAGCCGCAGCAGCCGAUGGGACCUCCCCCUCCAAGAUUUCCUGGCGGUGCAGCAGGUGGCAGGGGCCAGGGUAGUGCAGGUGGGGGCAGCUUUGGUGGCCUGGUGGAUUAUGGAGAUGAGGAGGACUGA